AUGACUCAAGGUCCAGUGAUCGUGAAAGAAGAAAGUGAUGCUAUUUUACCCUGUUCCCUCAGCACCAAGAAGGACAUUGAGUCAGAGCUCUUUGACUGGAAGAAGAAAGGGCAGAAAAAUAAAGAUGUGUUCUUGUACAAUGACAAAGCCUUUUAUGGUCAGGGCCUUUCAGGUCAAGAUGAGCAGUUCAAAGGUCGCGUCUCACAUUUUCCAGAUGAGCUAAAGUACGGCAACGCCUCCAUCAUCAUCAGAAAUACGAAGGCGUCUGACAGUGGAAACUACACCUGUGUUUUUCCAGAUCUUCAGCAAAGUCCAGUCCUCAUUGAGCUUGUUGUUGGUGUGUCUCCAAAGCCGUCUGUCAAGAUACUUAAUCAAACAAAUGACGGGGCCCUGCUGCAGUGUGAAGUUCUUGGUGCUUCUCCAAAACCUACAGUAGAGUGGCAGGACAGUGCUGGAAACAAACUUCCUGCUGAGGAGCCACAGGUCUCAGAAAGAGGAGGCAGCUAUGACAUCACCCUCCUAACUACUGUGAAGAAGGCCGACCGGUUCCACUGUGUAGCAACACAGGAGGAAAUCAAACAUCGGACUGAAACUGACACCUACGUUCCUCUCAAUGGUGCAGCUUCAAAGCCGUCUGUCACAAUACUCGAUCAAACAAAUGAUGGGGCCCUGCUGCUGUGUGAAGUUCUUGGUGCUUCCCCAGAAUCUAAAGUAAAGUGGCAGGACAGUGCUGGAAAUGUUCUUGAUGCUAAAGAACCACAGGUCUCAGAAAGAGGAGGCAGCUACGACAUCACCCUCCAAACUACUGUGACCGAGACUGACCGCUAUCGCUGUGUAGCCACACAGGAGGGGAUCAGACAUCUUUAUGCUGAGAUCUACGUGCAGAUCAAUGGGUCCCCCAAAGAGUCCGCCACUGGAUUGGUUGUUGCUGUUGUUGGUACAUUUUUCUUUACUAUAAUUAGUAUUGGUGGAAUUCUGCUUUACAGGCGGCAUCAAAAGCAAAAAAAUGGUAAUGGUUCACCAACAAAGGGAAAGAAUAAAUCUUCUGGGGAAACUGUAUGAUUACCUUAACUCCUAAUAUUCACACAACAGUAUUGGAUGGAAAUACACUAAUUUGCAUUGUCUUUUGCUGAUUUUCUGAAUAUUCAGUUAAAAUUUGCGCCCCAUUUGGAUGGAAACUUGACUUACAGCAGACUUUUCACUCCUGUGAGCGUGGCCGCUCUGAUCAACAAAACAACACUUUGCUUUCAGACAUGGUCGGGACAACACAACGUACAAACUAGUUUGUUUCGAGCAGACCUUUUUUCUCAAUUAAUCGACACGUUAACCAUACUGAACUUAAAUGUUCUGUCAGGUUUUUUCUGUCCCAGGAGUAGUUUCUUCUUAGCUGACAGGUUGGAGUUUAACGAGGUGAAACAGAAGAGAGCGAGAGCAAGAUUGUUAGAGAAAUCAUUCUGUUACUUAAAUCCUAAUGUGGUGUGAGUGAGUUCCUCUCUUGUGCAGCUUUAAGACAAAAAAAAAUAUUGACUUAUUUUUUUGGCGACUUCUCUCUGCAAUCUGUUCUUUGUUACU